AGCACCCUCUCUCCUCUGCAAUCAUUCUGUUCCCAUAUUUUCUAUUUUUACUCUCUCUCUCUCUAAACUUCUAAGAAUAUAUAUACACUUUCAGUAGUGUGCAAGUUGUUAUGGUAAAUUGAAGAAGCAGAAGAAAAAGGGUUUAUCAGAUCUCAAGAACCCUAAUUUUAAUUGAAAUCUUGUUCUGCGAUGGGUUUGUGGGAGGCCUUUCUCAACUGGCUUCGAAGCCUGUUCUUUAAGCAAGAGAUGGAGCUUUCUUUGAUCGGUCUCCAAAAUGCCGGAAAGACGUCUCUCGUGAAUGUCAUUGCGACUGGUGGAUACAGUGAAGACAUGAUUCCCACCGUAGGUUUCAAUAUGCGCAAGGUCACAAAGGGGAAUGUCACUAUUAAAUUGUGGGACCUUGGAGGUCAACCGAGGUUCCGAAGUAUGUGGGAGCGUUACUGCCGUGCAGUCUCUGCUAUAGUAUAUGUUGUCGAUGCAGCAGACCGAGAUAACUUGCCCAUAUCAAAAAGUGAACUUCAUGACCUGCUUAGCAAGCCUUCUUUGCAUGGGAUCCCGUUGCUAGUACUGGGGAACAAAAUCGACAAACGUGAAGCCUUUUUAAAGCAGGAUUUAAUGAAACAAAUGGAUCUCAAGUCUAUUCAAGAUAGAGAAGUCUGCUGCUUCAUGAUUUCAUGCAAGAACUCAACCAACAUUGACUCUGUUAUCGAGUGGCUCGUCAAGCAUUCAAAGACAAAGAACUGAUAAGAUGUGCUUCCUUUAUUUCAAGAUUGUGUCAUUUCACACCAUGGGUCCAAUGUUCUUUUAGGUGCCUUUCACCUAAUUCAGGCUGCUGAUCAUCUGACCCUCUCUCUCUAUCACUCCACCCUCUGCUGUUUGCAUUAAACCAAUCACUUUGCAUUUUUUUAUUUAUAACUUUAUUCUUGUGAUUAGGUUCUGUAAUUUUGGGGUCUUUUCCAGUGGGAGGUCAAUUUGGGUUACUGUGGUAAGAGCUCUCUGUUGGAGCUAGACAUAUUUGGUUUAUUAUGAACUGAUGGUUGGUGUGAAUAGUAUUGCGUUCUAAUUUGUGUUCA